AUGGCGGGGCCAGGCACGCUGGCCAAUCUUCGAGUGGCGCUCGCUGAGGAGCGAUCGCGGCUAAGCGGGGUCCUCGACCAGGUCGACGCGGCGCUGGACUGCCUCGCGACCGGCGCGCACAAGAACGGCGUCGACGAGCCCCUCCGAGCGGUCAGCUUCGCCGGCAAGGGCGAGAGCCACUACCUCCCCGCAUCCGCGAUGGCCACGCAGGCGGGCAAGCGCGUCACCCCGCAGAGGACGGCCUCGCACACUCCGGUUUCGGCUUGGGAGUCGUCGGCUCCCAAGGACAAUUCGCCGAUCGUCAACAGGACGCACAGCCAGCCGACCAGGGGCACCAGCCUGGAGCAGGUGGAUAUAAAGGAGUUCCCGCCGUCGGCGAAUGCCGGCCCCCUCGCCGCCUCCGGGAAGCCGCGGGCGCCGGCGUCGCCGCGGCCACCGGGGGAAGCGAAGGACAGCGGCGGGACCAUGACCAGAGCAAAUGCACAGUCAAUGAUGCAGCGCGUGGGACUGAGCCGGUCGGGAACCAACCUCGACAAAUUGACGGCGCCAACGAACAGUGCAUACCAAUCGAAGAAGGGACGCCAGAUCUUCGCGAACGCGGACCAGAUGAAGGAGCAGGUCCAGAAGGCGAUCCUGGAGCCCGAGUACAACGUGAGGGACAUGUACAGCGACAGGGGUGUCUGGCAGCUCGUGGCGCGGCACCAGAUCUUCGACGUGCUGUCCCUGACCGUGAUCUGCCUGAACGCGCUGUGGCUUGCGGUGGAGACGGACUACAACGACGAGGCCCUCCUCGUGAACGCGGACACCCCGUUCAUCGUCGUGGAGAACUUUUUCUGCGCGUUUUUCGUCGGGGAGCUGCUCAUCAGGUUCAUGGCCUUCAGGGUGAAGGCGGACAUUUUCAAGGACAAUUGGUUCCUGUUCGACUCUGGCCUGGUCUUCUUCAUGGCGUUCGAGACGUGGAUCCUCUCGUUCAUCGUGUGGGCCAGCGGCGGGUCCUUCGGGGCCAGCUCCAGCUCCACGUCGGUGCUCCGGGUGGUUCGGCUCUUCCGCAUGACGAGGGCCGCUCGCGUCGCCCGCCUGUUGAAGGCAGUGCCAGAGCUGAUGGUGAUCGGCCGCGGAAUCGUGAUCGUCGCCCGCACGGUGGUUGUGAUCAUGUGCCUCCUGGUCAUGAUCAUCUACACAUUCGCGAUCGUCUUCACCCAGCUCGCCAAGGGCACCGACCUCGAGAAGAACGUCCACCCGAAUGCCAAAUGCUCAGACAUGGUCACCACCAUGUCCACGCUUCUGCUCGGGGGCAUCCUCCCAGACUUCGCGCCGACCACGGAAGACUUUGCAGCGGAGGACUUUUUCUUCGCGGUGUUCUUCUUCAUGUUCAUCCUGCUGGCUUACGUCCCGGCCGAUCAUGAACAUGCUGAUCGGCGUCCUCGUGGAGGUCGUCGCGGUGGUCGCGUCCGUCGAGAAGGAGACGAACCAGGUGGCGGCCGUGAAGCGCGUGCUGCUGAAAUGGACCCCCGACACGGACCUGGACGGCGAUUGCAGAAUCGGCGUGGACGAGUUCAAGAACAUGCUCAAUAA